AUGGGCUUUCUCAAACCUGAAGUUGGCAAAGCUCGAAAGCCAAAAUUCGAUCUUCAUCUCAAGAUAUACGAUCUCAACAACGUCCCUCUUGUCUCAGGCCAAUCAUUUGUCAAAUGGCAUCUCUCUCACUCCAUGACUGCGGAACACCGCGGCCGCACUCAAAAAUGCCCAAUCGCCAACCACAGAGUCGACUAUGGCUUUGUUACUACAGUACCGGGCAUUCGCAUAUCAAUAGACCGCAAUAACCACCUUACCGAGUGCCCCAUGGAGUUUGAAGUCAUCCAAGAAUUCGGCAUGACCGAUAAAGUCACAUUGGGUGUUGUCCGCCUCAACCUGAGUGAAUACGUCGAAGAGAGCGAAGCUUUCGUCAAGGAUGUCGGGUCGCCUGGUCGCAUACGCAGCAACAGUGUUGGCGUCGGCCCAAGCGGAGGUGGAAUGUCCCGGCCGCGCCGUGAUUCAGAUGUUGUUGAAGAUGGCAUUGUGAGAAGAUAUCUCAUGCAGGAGAGCAAGGUCAACAGUACCUUGAAAAUCAGCAUCCUCAUGAUCCAGGUCGACGGCGAACGCAGUUAUGUAGCUCCUGCUCUCAAGACAGCACCCGUGUUUGGCGGUAUCGGCGGCAUCAUGAGUGAGGCUAUAGAAGACGAAGUUGGACCAAUAGCUGCUGCUGUCCCCAACUUAUCAAAACCACGCGAUGCCGCUGAGCUCCAGGAUCUCUACCGGAGCGUCUUGGCUGCCUCAUGGUGCCGUCAACCUAACGAGCAUUCGGCAGAAGAAGUCAUCGAGGAUAUCUUCAAUGGCGGCAACGGUUGGAAGACGAAACCGCAUAACGCAUCACCCGUCUCAGAAGCCGAAGACGACGAUGAUGACCUAAACCCGCGUGAGACUAUCCGGGCCCGGGAUGUCCGUCGCAUAACCCAUAACCUCCUCCAUCCUCACCAUCAUCAUGGUCGCAGAAGUAGAACUGCGUCACCCUCACGCACUCAGCAAAACAACAGCACAAACGGCUCUUCGCACCGGCGCACACCAAGCAACUCGAGUGAUAAGAGCUUCUCUACAGUCACGGUCACGCCGUCCAACCGACGCAAGGGCGUACGUAUUCAUGAGCACCAUCUUGACCAUGCGCGCAGCAUGGCGAGCAUGACGUCUACCAUGACUCUUGACAGCGAUCCUAUGCGCGAAGUGAGUUAUAAGGGAGCUCGCGAAGUCAGAGAGGAUGACAUGCGGAACGAUCUCGUUGCGUGGCGGCUACCAGGAGAGGGCAACCAGGUGAUGUAG